AUGUCCCAUUUGACCACCGAGAAACCAACUGUACUAAUCAUCCACGGGUGUUGUCACACACCAGAACAUUUCAGCGACUUCCGUGAUUUAUUACACAACCAAGGUUACCCCACCGCCUGCCCCUACCUCCCUAACACAAAGUGGCAGGCACCCGAGCCGGCUGCGAUGCUCCAAGACGACGCUAACGCUGUCAAGGAUGCACUUAUUAGACUCGUCGAAGAAGGAAGGAAGAAAGUCAUCGUCGUCGCGCAUUCGUAUGGCGGUAUAGUUGCUAGCGAGGCUGUGCUUGCCGAGUUCGGACGAAAGGCGCGAGAGGAAAAGGGAGACUCUGGAGGCAUUCUCCGCAUUGUCUUCAUAUGCGCGAUUCUCGUCCCAGUAGGGGUGAAGCCUUGGGAGUAUCACGAACCCUUGCCUGACGUCAAAAUGGAAGGAACUGACAGGUUCUCCAUGCAUAACCCCGGAGAGAUGCUCUACAACGACAUCAAUGAACAUGAACGGCAGAGUUUCAUAGACUUACUUGUUCCAUCGUCGAUCUUGGCCGCAGCUGGAGCUCCUGAAUACGAUGCGUACAAUCACCAUCCGGUGUCUUACCUGUUCUGCAAGAAAGAUAACACAUGUCCCUUCCAUAAGCAGGAAAAUCAAAGGAGAGACAUACUCGAUAAAUUGGAGGGCGACUUUAAAAGCUACAUGAUUGAUGACGGCGGACAUUCGCCCUACAUAUCUCAUCCACAAAUAGUCGUUGACUUGAUAAAUCAUGCCGCAAAUUCGUCGUAG